CAGAUGGAAAGAUUGUAGUGGGGGGAAAGUAAGCAAGCAGCACGGAGUGAGUGAGAGAGAGAGAGAGAAGAAGAGAGACAGAGAAAGAGAGAGAACGAACUGGUGGAAGCCAUGCAGAGAGUGAGGCAGCCCAGCGACGAUGCUUGAUGAACUGAACCGCUGACCACAAGAAAAGGUUUUCUUCCACUUUGACCGUGCCCCAGAGACAUCAAGGAAUCAGACGGGGAAAGUCCAGAGGGGACACAUUCCACUCAUCGUCCCAACUGACACGGAGAGCUCAAGAGCACUGCAGAAUUAAUAGAAAAGAGUUGAGAGACAAGGAGUUCCACAGAUGAAAGUUAAAGCCAAGAGGCAGAAGGUAGAUGUUGAGAGUGACCAGAUAGAGACGAGUGAAACAGGGAGGGACAGACAGGAGUUAGAGGGACAGAGCUAAGAGUGAGGUACAAACACAACAACAAGGAUGGCUAACUCAGGUCUCCAGUUGUUGGGUUACUUCAUGGCAUUGGGCGGCUGGAUUGGCAUCAUCUCCACCACCGCACUGCCCCAAUGGAAGCAGUCGUCGUAUGCCGGCGACGCCAUCAUCACCGCCGUGGGUCUGUACGAGGGUCUGUGGAUGAGCUGCGCCUCGCAGAGCACAGGACAGGUGCAGUGCAAGAUCUUUGACUCCAUGCUCUCGCUGGACAUCCACAUCCAGACGUGUCGAGCCCUCAUGGUGGUGUCCGUGCUGCUGGGCUUCCUCAGCAUCAUUGUCAGCGUGGUGGGCAUGAAGUGCACCAAGGUGGGGGACAACAACCCGGUCACCAAGACCCGCAUCGCCGUGGCCGGAGGAGCUCUCUUCCUGCUUGCAGGUCUCUGUACCAUGAUCUCCGUGUCCUGGUAUGCCACUCAGGUGUCCUAUCAGUUCUUCAACCCGAACACACCGCCCAACGCCAGGUAUGAGUUUGGCUCCGCCCUGUUCGUGGGCUGGGCGGCGUCAAGUCUGACGGUCCUGGGCGGUGCCUUGCUGUGCUGCUCCUGCUCUAAAGAGGAAAUACGAGGGCAGCAGUAUUACCGCCAAUCACAGCCCUCCACAACCAGGGAGGCAGAGUUGUUGAGUGAAACUAGUUUCCCCGACUGAUCAGCCCCCAUGCCUUUUAUCGAGGACUCUCCUGACUGUCCAACCACUGUCUUCCCUUUCUUCCCCGGCCCCAUCCCUCCCCUCCGGUUCUUCGUUUAAACCCUAAAUGUGGACCUCUUGAAGAAUACUUCCCUAUCUUCAUUACUACAUCUGCACCGUAAUGGGAACCCAGACGCAUUGUUAUCUCCCAUUUUUGUCCCUUACCUUCUGAGCCUUUUCUGUAAAUAUGGACUCCUAAAGGACGAUAAUUAAGACCUUCUAUCUAAGAAAUGAGGUGGCCUCGUCCGUUUCCGUGUGAACCCUCUACUACACCUCCCACGCCCUCCUUUGUCUCACUAUUGGCCGAACGUUAACAAUGAGUUGAAACCCCUUUUGUGGUUUUUGUUUAGCGCUGAUUUAUGAUUUUUCUUAUAUCCUAUGACCUCUGGGUGUUUCUUGUAAUAUGUGUCUUUUGGGUUUACUUUUGUGCGCUGUGACUGUACCUUGACUGAAACGUGUUCUUUUUCCCUUUUGAAUUGCAGACCAAAUGUUAAAAGUACCCCACCAGAGAAAAGGGAGCAGUACUUGUAGUUUGGGAGAGUCUUCUGGCCUUACCAUGGUUUAGAUUCUGUCUACAGACAAAACCCUCUCCCUGAGGACUUCAAAACAGACACCGUUAAAGAAAGAAUUUAUUAACAGCAAGCACAUUGCAGCGACAUGAAUUAGAGUCUUUGUGUAGAUGUAUUGGUCUGGUCUGUUUUGCUGACUUUGGGAGAGACAGUCAUUCAGGGUAUGUUUUCUAUAACAUGUUAAAAUGCCCGGGUGUAUAUACCACCUAUUUUGUUUCUUUUUUUUUUUUACUACACAUAUAAUGUUUUACUACAGUGCCUUAUAACACAUGUUUGUGCACAUGUUUGUUCCUGACUUCAUGGAUUCUUUAUAGUCUCCAGUCCCAUCUUUCGGGACGCGCGUGUCCAUAGUUCUCCUGCCAGCAGUUCUGUGUGCCUUUUUUGUAUCUAUUGUCGGACUUCUGGAAAUGAAUGUGAAGCUACUCUACAGUACCACUUAUGAAACAACAAAGACAUACGUAUGAUAGAUCUGAAGCAUUGUGCCUUGUGUGCCACCGUUUGUAUUAAAGCUGCGUGCCUGUUUCCGUGUUGCCUGGAUUGAGGAUAUACCCAGUGUAUUCAUUUUGUUUUCGUUAAGUGCCAAUAUGAUUUUGUGGGAAUGACAUGACAAGAGUCGUUGCAUUAUGGACUCUAUAGGAAGUACUGUACUGUGUGUUGCCUCCUGUACUAAGGAACGCCUGUUGACUGAGCGUUCAAGCCUGCAUUUAUUUACCACGCCAUUCAUUUCUCUAAUAUUUACCCCCCCCUCAAUGUUGUGUAUCAUCUCAUUUACCUAUGUCUGUUUCUUUUAGAUUAAAGCAAACAGUAUGAAAAAAAAAAAGUGAAAUGGA